GACAUCUUUUCUUAUAUUCAAAAGGUUUCCCUAUAAAGAAUUAUUUAACUAAACCAUCUAACUGUAAGUAUUAGCCUUUAAGAUCGUUGAUUAUUUUACAAUCAUACAUCAAAGCUUGUGUCACUAAAUGGUUUGUUACAGAGACUUGCCGACUCAGACAAACAUAGUAAAGUUGAAGCAUUCUUCUGAUUGAUUAAAUUCUCAUUUAUUCUGUUUAUAAAAUCCAUAAAAAACUCUAGAAAAAAUGCAUAUUUACCUGAAACCGUAAUAUGCGACUAUUAAUUAUAUACACAACUACGUCUACUCUCUACUCGUAACUUGACACUAAGCGGCAUAUAAACCCGUCGAAAUCGGAUGGUUUUCUUGUUCGUAAAAGAAAACUAAAAGAACAAACGUAUUUAUUCAAAUACUUUCGCUAGUCCUACCUAGUUAAAUUGGAAGUUAUUUGUUGAGUUUUCAACAGUAUUAUUUUAUGACCGAGAGGAAUUGAAAUUGACCACCAAAUAUGCUUGUCAUGAAGGAUUUUGUUUUCCUUAGCUCCCUCUUAGCAUGCUUUGCUCAGCUUUGCUAUGCAGUUUCGAGCAAAUCUCAAGCACUCCCUUCUGGUGCGACCCCUACCAAAAUGUAUAGAAUAGCUAGCGGUACGCAUGUCACGAAAGCAGAAACAACCAUCCUUCGACCUUUCAAGACUUUCAAAGGAGUCCCUACAGAUACAUAUUACAAUUGUCAUCCUCAAAAAUACUAUCAAAGUGACAUACCUAUUUGCUUGCCCACUCCUGGUUCUCGUUGGAUUAAGGGAAAGCCUCAAAGGGUGACUUGGGACCCUGUGUACUUUGGAGUGGAUGAAUUGCGGCUUGUAUUAUCCUUUCAAAAUGACUCUGGCCUAAUUGCCAUGGAUAAAAAAAUUAAAAAUAAAGACGGAGAAAUUAAUCUUAAACCAAAUGAUAAAUGGCUGCAUGGCGACUUUCUUCAAAACCUGACUGUUAACCUCAUAACUGUAGAUGAGGGAAAUGCUACUUUUGUAUCUGGACCCAAUAUCACUUUACAGAAAACCUUAGAUCCUCACGAACAGCGUGCAGAAGACUAUGACUUUUAUGCACCUAAGCGUAACUUGAAGGCAGCUAUUGCUGUUCCCAGUAUCUUCUUGGGUAUUAUACUCACGAUCUUGUUAUAUCACACGUAUCGGAAGGAUACUUGGAAAAUUUUUAUAGCUAAAAUGCGUUUACGAAGAUCGAAUGCUGGUUAUGGAGUCCGUAAGAGUAGAAGACAACGUACUCAUGGACGUCCGGCCGCCAGCCUUGCUUCAAGAAGUGGACUUGUGUACGACGAUUCAGAAGACGAAGAAUAUUUCAAUUCACAACUUAAGAAAAUGUAUUAAAUUUAAAGAUCUGUUUCCGCUGUCAUAGUUGACUCAGUUCGUUUCAAGUUUAAUUAUUCCACUUGGCAGCUGGAGACAUAAGAAUGUCAUACCAUGUGCAGUUUUCCUCGGUCUUUUCUUUCGUUAUAUUACAUCCGAAUUUUUAGAACUAAUAAUAUUUUCUCGUUUAUUUUCGUUACACUUUGGUUAAUUUUGAAAUUGAGAUUGUUUCGAUGUUGGUCAUUUAUUCUCUUUCAAGAACAUUCUAAGUACGUUCUAA